AUGGUAUGUGUCCUGAUGCUGAUCCAAUCGUUUUCGGGUUCGGAUACAGUGUAUAACUACAUCAUCCUCAUCGCUCAAAUGGCCCACUUCUCCAUGAAUGAGAAUCUGAUCAGUGUCCUCCAUCAGUGUGGUUUCAACCUGGGCUUCAUAGUGGCCCCAUUUUUGGUGAAGCACACGCGUCGGAAAACCCACUUUCUCUAUGCAUCAAUCGGCAUCACAAUCGCGUCUUUGCUUCUCGCAUUGGGCAUGUCUCAUCACGACCUUGGAGAGAGGUUUCCUGAGCACAGCUUUUUAUUGUUCCAGUUUUUGCCUGCCAUCAGCAUUUGCUUGUACAGCUUCUUUUAUGGCUGCGGCAUCGGAUCAGUGCCUUACACAAUGAUGGGUGAGCUCUUGCCCGAUGCAAUUCGGAACAUGGGGAACUCGCUGGCGAUGCUGUUUCGUUAUGGAUCAGUGUUCAUCUUAUUGAAGCAAUUUCCUGCCAUGACCUCAACCAUGGGUCUGAAUGGGUUGUUUUUGUUCCAUGCCUGCUGCUGUGCCAUGGGUGCAAUCUUUGUCCAGUUUCUUGUCCCCGAAACCAAGCCCAUUGACACAUUGAAUGACUCUAUCGAGGGAUGUCCAGCUCCAAAAACCAUUCAUCACCAGGAAUCUGUGAAGACCAUGGAGAUCGAUUUGGAUGAGCUCUGA